AUGUUCGCCAAAGUGUUGCUCGCUACCAGCCUGUUAGCUGUGGUCAGUGCCAAACCUCACGUGUACGCUCAUGUCUCUCCGGCGUUUGUUGCGGCUCACAGUUCUCAAGUGUUUGCCCGAACAUACAACGGAAUAAUCCCGAUAGCAGUACCGGCACACAUUCCUGCUCCAAUACCGGCCCCUGUGCCGUCCUUCUACAUUCCUCCUCCAUCGGCACCGGCCUUUUUUGCCUAUCCUGUAUACGAACCUGCUCCAGCUAUCCCGGCGGUUCCGGCGGUCCCGGCUGUAGUGGCUACGCCGGCAGUGGUAGCCACUGCUGCAGUUCCCAAGGUGGUGCCAGCGACACCGGUGGCGAAAUUAGUCCGACGACCAGCUACAUAUUUGACCACCAUCCGGCAUCGCUCGGUUUAUGUGUAA